AUGUUCGACAACGUCUUCUUCGGGCUCUCCGAGGAGGAGGCGCACGUGAUGUCGCCGGGGCAGAGACUGGUGAUGCAGACCGGCUACGAGGCGCUUCACAACGCCGGCAUCACCAAGGCCUCGGCCAUGGGCCUGCGCUGCGGCGUGUACCUGGGGGACUCGGGCUGCGACUGGCCACAGCUGUUCGGCCACCUCGCUGGGCCGGCGCGGGCCUUGGGCUCGGCGCAGGGCAUCGGAGGCUCGCGCCUGGCUCACUCGCUGGGACUCACGGGGCCCACGCUUACGGUGGACACGGCGUGCUCCUCCUCGCUGGUGGCCAUCGGCGUCGCCCACACCGCGCUCCGCAAGGUGAGCGCUGAGCAGGUGGACCCCGGCGUGAACCCACACGUGAAGAUGGCCUUAGCCCAGGGCUGCAACUUGCUCCUGUCGCCGCGAAUGUAUAUCCUCUACUCUGGCCCGCACAUGCUCUCCCCCCGGGGGCGAUGUUUCACCUUCGACGGCACGGCCGACGGCUACGCCCGCGGCGAGGGCUGCGGCAGCCUCACAUUGAAGAUGAGCCCGGAUGCCAGCGAGGCGCAGCUUUGCCUGGCCAUGCUCAUCGGCUCCGCCGUCAACCAGGACGGACGCAGUGCCAGCAUGACGGCGCCCAACGGGCCCUCUCAGCAGCAGUGCAUCAGAACUUCCAUGCUGGAGUCGAAGCUCUCUGCCUCGGAGAUCAACGUGGCCGAAUGCCACGGGACGGGCACCGCGCUAGGAGACCCCAUCGAGGUCAGUGCCCUGCGGAUGGUGAUGCAGGAAAGGCCCCUUCCCAUCCUCAACACGUCAGCGAAGACGAACCUUGGCCACUUAGAGGCCUCCGCCGGCAUGGCCGGCGUGCUCAAGUGCGUGAACCUCUUGAACAGCAGCUCCUGUCCGCCCAACAACCACUUCCGAAACCUGAAUCCGCACAUGGACACCAACGGCUACCCGGUCUACUUUGCAAACGAGCUGUCCGACUACGGCUCGAAGUCUGGCAUGACCGGCGUUUCCUCCUUUGGUUUCGGUGGCACCAACGCUCGCGGUGACCUCUGGGGCCGCGCGCUGAGGGGCAGCCGGAAGACUGAGCUGCUGGACACGGGCGAGUGGGUGGUGCGACGCCAGCUCUUCUACGAUCGGGUCUUCCACUACGGAAAUCCAGGAUCCUCCCUUGGCAAGGGUGAUGGGACACCCAAGGCACAGUCACAGGGAAGCAGUCUGAAGCUGUUGGUCAGUGGAUCUGCACGAGGCAAAUAA